CCUGCUCGCAAGAGAGGGGGACAGAGACAGAGCGACAGAGACAAGGAGGGAGGAGGGAUCAAAUACUCCCGCCGGCUUCUACAACCAGAUCUGCAAGCCAGAUCACCCCCUCCCACUCGAGGAAACGCCACCAAGGACCCACUGAGGAUUGUACCCCCAUCCCUUUCCCCCGCCUCCGCAAACCACCCCCAACUCCCCCGCCUACCGCCCCUCAAAACCCCCUUCCCCCACCCCAACUUUUCUCUUGCAUGAUUUCCCUUGCACGGAUUUGCCACUCGGAUCGGAUGCCGUUUCAUUGGGAGCUGAGCUCAGAGCCACGCUGAACCUGCUUCUCCUCCAGUGCUAUGACAGGCAAACUCGUGGAGAAGCUGCCGGGGACCAUGAACACUUUGAUGAACCAGUUGCCUGACAAUCUGUACCCAGAGGAGAUCCCCAACUCUCUGAAUAUCUUCUCCAGCAGCAGCGAGUCCGUGGCUCACUACAACCAGAUGGCUGCAGGGUUUUCCUUCGCUUCUCGGGGCUGUAGUGGGGAGUGGAAGCUGCCAGACAGAGAGGUGGCAGAGAAUGUUAUGGAUAUUGGACUAGCUAACGAAAAGACCAACCAAGAGCUGUCGUCCUAUUCGGGUUCUUUCCAGCCCACCCCUGGCAACAAGACUGUUACCUACCUGGGGAAAUUUGCUUUCGAUUCCCCGUCCAACUGGUGUCAGGAUAAUAUUAUCAGCCUCAUGAGCGCUGGGAUUCUGGGGGUACCCCCUUCCUCCAGUGCCAUCACCAGCACCCAGACCUCUACAGCCAGCAUGGUGCAGAACCAGGGCGAAGUGGACCAGAUGUACCCUGCGCUGCCCCCCUAUUCCACUUGCAGUGACCUCUACCCGGAGCCAGUGUCCUUUCACGACCCCCAAAGCAACCCAGGGCUCACCUAUUCCCCCCAGGAUUACCAAGCAGCCAAGCCAGCCUUGGACAGUAACCUCUUCCCCAUGAUCCCAGACUAUAACCUCUAUCACCAUCCCAACGAGAUGGGCACGCUCACUGAACACAAACCCUAUCAGAGCUUGGAUCCCAUUCGGGUCAACCCUCCCCCCAUCACCCCGCUGGAGACCAUCAAAGCCUUCAAGGACAAACAGAUCCACCCCAGCUUCGGCAGCCUUCAGCAGCAGCCCCUCACCCUCAAGCCCAUCCGGCCCAGGAAGUACCCCAACCGGCCCAGCAAAACCCCGCUCCACGAGCGACCCCACGCAUGCCCGGCCGAGGGCUGCGACCGGCGCUUCUCCAGAUCCGACGAGCUCACGAGGCACCUGAGGAUCCACACGGGCCACAAGCCCUUCCAGUGCCGCAUCUGCAUGAGGAGCUUCAGCCGCAGCGACCACCUCACCACCCAUAUCCGCACCCACACGGGCGAGAAGCCGUUCGCCUGCGAGUUCUGCGGGCGCAAGUUUGCGCGCAGCGACGAGCGCAAGAGACACGCCAAGAUCCACCUGAAGCAGAAGGAGAAGAAGGCCGAUAAGGGCUCCUCUUCCUCCUCCUCCUCCCCGCCCGUAUCCUUGGCCCCGGUGGUCACCACCUGUGCAUGAGGCUCCCGCCCCGAUCCCUGGUCCCAGUGCCUCCCAAUUGCUGCCUUUAGCAAAAGCGCAAACAUGGGGAUCCCUCACCAAGGAACAGUUGGCAGUGCGCGCACCUCCCCUCCAGUCCCCGCUUCAGCGGGGUGGAGACUUCGCUUUCAAUCGGAUCGUCUUGAUCCGAAUCGGCUGCGGGAGGGGCAGGGGAGCCCCCCACUUCUUCCAGCGGAGCGUAGUGGGGGGCGGGUGAGGGGUUGCAGGACUGUGAUGUGCCAGCUGUGGAAAGGCAUGCGGUGCGAGCGAGGGUGGUGGUGACGGUGUCGGGGAAGCUCCCCGCUCUGAAUAUGCGCGCCUCCUUCCUCCCCCCCUCGCUACUCAUUGGAAGUGGCGCGGGGAGCACCAAAGCGCAGUGCUUGCUGCCCGUUGAGACUGUGCGUCCCUGUGUGUGUAUGUGACUCUGAGCUGAACUGGGCUGCUUCGGUGUCAAACCACCCCCAAAGGACUCUGGACAAUGGAGAGAACCAAGACACCUCUUGGACAUAGUGGGGACCUUGGGUAUCAUUGGAAUGGGUGGCCUUCCAUCUGAUCUAAAUGUUUCUUACAGAAAUGCCUAGGAUGCUGCUGCUGCUUCUGGUCUCCUGCCCCCCUCUUCUUGGAGCCGCUUCCUUUAUGUUUUCCUGGUCUCUUCACUACUUGUCUUCGAGGCACCUCCUCUGAUGUGCUGGAGAAGGGAUAUGGCUUGGGAUCAGCUCUUGGCUGCUCCAGAUUUAUCUCCAUGGGUUUAUUUUUUAAACCGAUUUCCUUUACAGGUUCAUCCUCUGUCUCCUUCCUCCUCACCUCUCCCACUCAAAGUAUCCUCCCUUCUGGAAGGAAGAAAGAAAGAGGCAAUCCCCUUAAAUUUCACCAUUUCACUCCACUUGGUGUUUUAGUUCAUGUCACAUUUAGUAGAAAAACCCUUGGGAAGAGGGGGAGAAACGUCUUUCUCCCUUUCAUCUGGAGGAGAAGAGGUUGUUGCCAUUUCUGUUCUUGUUACCAUCUCUACAGCAGUUCUGAAUUAAAAUAUAAUAAAAAAUAUAUACAGUAUGUAUUUGUUAAUGUCACUAUUGGCUUUCUAGUACAGUACCAAUCAUAUAUAAAGGUAUAUAAGUAUUUACAGCUUUAAUGUUUUAUUUUUGGAGAAGAGAAAAUAACUGUGAGGAGUAAAAUUUUACUCCAAACUUUCCUCCAAAGGGAAGAUGGGGAAUUUGUAUUCAACUAAAAUCCUCUUUUAUCACACCCAAAUCCACCUCCCAGUUGUCCUCUGUAAGCAGCUCUGAAUGUACUUGCUCAAUUGAACCCUAAGAAAGAGGGGGAAAGUGGAGCUGCUUAGCAGCUUUCAUCAAAGAUCUGACUGAAUGUACUGUUGUUACCUAUUCAAUCUUUUUCCCCUGUGGCUAAUAUACUGUUGGGGUGAGGGAGGAAGGGGGGAAGUAAUUGAGUUUACAGGAUGUCUGAUUUAAAGUCACUUUAUGCAUCUUUUCGCCCUUUAUUUUUUUUCCAAAGCACCACUUUUCUGUGGUGGAUUUAAAUGGACUAGCUAUUUAGAUCUUUAAAAAGAAACUAAAAGGGAAGUGGGUGAUGAAUUUCCAGGUACUCCUAGCUUAAUCUGGG